GAUUUGGCGGUGCAGUAGUUUGGGGCCGGAACUUGUUUUAAAUUACUAUGGGUACCAAUACUAGAAAUAAGAAAAAUAAAGAAGCACAUAUGGAUGGUCUAUCACCAGAGGAACUUGAAUACUUGAAUAAAAACCAUAUAGAACCUCUUAAAACGAAACGUAGAUGUGGACUUUUAUGCAAUGUUUGUGGAAUGGUCAUGUCUACGGUUGCUGCAGCUAUUCACCAUACCUCUUCGAAUUCUCAUAAUGCGAACCUCAUGACCGCUGAACUAAAAACAACUCUUCUUUAUUUGCCUCCCAUCACGGAUUCCCAUAGAACUGCGUUAGAUUCAGAAUUAAAAUCCGCUUUUCUUUCUGUUGUGGCCGAUACCUGUGAGAUGCAGCGACGACAGAAUUUCGCAAAUGAUCUGAUUGCUGCUAUUGAAGCUCGAAUUCCAAAUAUAAAAGUUCGAGGAACUGGUAGUUCAUGGUUUGGUUUAGCCUUACCAGAUAGUCACUGUUCAUUGGAUGUAAUUUGUCCAAAUGAUUUUGACGAGAAUAAAUUACUGGCAAUGGACCCGACAAUGGAUGAUGCUGGUGAAGAUAAUGACGGUGACGAAGAGGGCGAUGAUAAUGAUGUUCAUGAUGAUGAUGAUGACGACGAUGAUGAUAAUGAUCAGUCUAUUCCACAGCCUGUAUGUGGUCAGUCAACAAAUAACACUGAACAAUCAAUGGGAAUUGGUUAUGUUCUUUCUAAUAUAUUCGAUUUAUUACAACUGAAUGCAUGUGAAUCACCAACUAACACACCACACAUACAAACAAUUUCCGAAAAAGCUACCUCAUUUAACUGUUCUCCUGAUCACAAUACAAAAAUGAAUGAAUUAUCCGACAAACCUAAUUUCCCCAAAUUUCAUACUGUUUUGCGUACAAGUGGUGACUACUUUUAUCUUUCUCUGACGGAUUUCUAUGGUGUACGUUAUCGUAUUAGUACUGGUAGUCCGUAUGGAUAUGAUUUGGCCAAAUUGAUUAAUACUUACCUCAAUUUAAAUGAUCAAGCUCGACAAUUAGCAAUAUUAUUUCGUAAAUUAUCACGGUUGGGUCAUUUAGAUAUGCCGGAAAAUGGUACAUUUGAAGAAACAGUCAUACCUCUGUUAGUUAUAUUCUACUUACAACAUUGUGAACCUCCAUCACUUCCAAAUCUUCAUAUGCUUUACCGCCAACAUCUUCAUGAAAUUCCUGAAAAUUCUUAUCGUCAGGUUUUGCCACCCAAUACUGAUUGUUCGUUUAUUACAGACAUUGAAUUGAUUCGAAAGUUAUGUCCUGAUCAACCAUAUUCAUCUUCGUCUAACAAUUUACCAUGUUUAGCUGAUUUAUGGCUUGGUUUCCUCAGAUUUUAUUUAUUUGAUUUUAAAACUUCUUCUUGUACGAUUAAUAUUGUGGAACCUGAACCAGUGUCAUGUUUUAAUGCUUCUGAAAAGCGUUGUUUUACAGUUACCGAUCCUUUUAACCCUAAACAUAAUCUCUGUAGGAAUUUAACUCAAGUCAGUCGAGAUUAUAUCAAUUCACAGUUAUUAGCGGCCUACGGUUAUUUCGGUGUGCCACGAUUGGCCACUAAUGGUCGACAUUUGUUCACGCACAUUUCUGUUGUUGAAAAAUCCCCUGAUGAGCCAAAAGAUGUUUGUGACAAGUUGGAUCAGAAUACUAGUAGUAGUAUCAGUCAAACAACCAUGUCUAAUGAUAAAAUGACAGCAUCUGCAGGUAUUCAUUUAACACCUAUCAUUGAUGAUUCUGACAAUUUUGAAUCAAAUUUGAAUAAAGUAACAAAUUUAAUUACAGAGAAAUUUCAAUUACUUUCAAACGGCGCCACUAUCAAACAUUCUGUCCUACCAUCAACUGGGGAAGACAUAUUAGAGAGUUCAUCAACUAUUGACCACACAGCAUUGGAUAAUUCAAUGGCUGAACAGAAAGCUCUUCCAUUUUCAGAAAUGUUUUCAUCUAUUCUUACAUAUGUCAUGGAUGAAUUAUUUGAGUCAAACAUUGUACCCGAUCUUGUCAGUGGAUGCUUGAAAAUGUCAGAAAAGAGAUUUUUCGUUCCCAUAUCGUCUUCAUUUAAGCUUAGUUUGAAUGAUUUUAUCCAGAUUACACGAAAUUUCGCUUAUGACUACUGGCUAUCUUUUUUCAACACAUAUGUUAGUAAAGGAAAGUUUUCAGCAUCAAAAAGAAUCAUCACAAAAACCACUUUGUCGUUAUUUUGUAAAAGUGUUAAAUUAUGGUUAGAUCGUUUAAAACUACAAAAUGUUGUUGAUGAUGAUAUUUCAAUUGACUCACCUUGUGGUCAAUCACAAAAAAUGAAUUGUUCAAAUGAAAAUAUAUUUGACGAUCAAUAUAAUCAUCAAAUGUCUCCUAUAGAAAUGAAUCAAGAUUCUAGUUUGCUAAGUAAAAAUAUUGAAGAUGAUUAUUCAGAGUCUAUAGUUAGACAAAGUACAAAUAAUUUUCUUGACGUUGACGAAUAUUCGAAUCUUGAAGAAGUCAAUCAUUUACAGGAAGUCGAUAAUCCAUAUGAUAUAUGUAUGACUGUUUCAGAUGAUUCCUUUUUGGAUUGUAAUUUAGAAAAUGAUUUUAAUGACGGUGAAAUAUAUGAACACUUAGAGUGUACUCUUGAUGUAGAUUAUAAUGAUGAUAUAAUCGAUCCAAUCAGUACAUCUUCAUCUUUUGUUGACAAAAAUUCUGAACUUUUAGAAACUUUGACGUCUCAAGGAUGUAAUCAAAACAGAAUCAAAUCGUCUAACACUAACAAUUUAACAUCAAAUGAUUCACAUCAAGUCAACCAUUUGUCAUCCAUAAGUUGUCCAUCAAAUGAAUUAGUUACUGCUUCAAAUGAACUAACUAGACGUGACAAUAAAUUAACUAAAAAAGCACGUAAAUUUGAGAAAAACAACAAGGUCAUUCUAACAAUAUGUUGAAUUCAAAUAAUAAUACAACUGCAUCGAAAUUCAGUCCUACCAAAGCUAAGAAAAAAAAAGCAGCUAAAAAGCUCGAAUGGGGAGAUGUGAUUUCGUCACGUUCUGCAGUCGCUCCUCCUAUUGAUGAUGAUCGUCCAGAUUAUUAUAAUUCUAAGCUUCUAGAGAAUCUACAACCGGACGAUUUUGAUUUUAAAUUUGUCUCAAAUAUGAACUUAUCCUCUAAUCGUCGACAUAAUCAAUCAUCUGUUUUAGGUUUAGCUUCACGAAAUCAACCAUCCACAUUAUUAGCUCAUUUCAAUGCACCUCAACCUCAAUGUCAAGCUUGUAACUUAACUGGUCAUCGACAAUCACAGUGUGAAACUACCAGUGAUAAAUCCGUAUCAUUUUUAGCAUGGCAUAAAUUAUUGAAUAAAACGCCUUGGCCACCGAUCGCUGAACAAAUUAAAAAUUUAACUUAUUGCCUAAAUUGUUUAGAAGAACAUCAUGAAACUUAUAAUAAAGUUAAUGCACGUCAAGAACUUGUUAAAAAAAUUCAUCAAUGUUUCUCAUAUCGUUUCCCUUCUGUUCAACUUGAAUUAUUUGGUUCUUGCGCUAAUGGUUUUGAUCUACAGACAAGUGAUUUAGAUGUUUGUGUCUUUUUUCCUGUUGGAUCAACAGAAUGGAAUUAUUUAAAAGAUAAAAAUUCAACAAAUAUGUUAAUUCGAAAAUUCAAAAAACAAUUAUCUUAUUGUAGAAAUCGAUUAAAUAUUACUCAUAUUCAACCGAUUCUCACAGCUCGUGUUCCAAUAUUGAAAGUGUCUUUUAGCAAUUCAUUUGAAGCAGACAUAAGUUUUUCAAAUUACCUGGCUCUUUCAAAUACACGAAUGCUUGCAUUUUACACCAAAGUUGAGCCAAAACUUCGUACUCUAGGAAUUGCUUUAAAAACUGUCACAAAGAUAACAAAAAUUGGGAGAGCAGCUGCCGGUGGUAUUUCUUCUUAUGCUUGGAUCAUUAUGCUAAUCCACUAUCUUCAACAAAUUGAUCAACUCCCUGUUUUACAAGAACUCUAUGAAGGAUCAACAAAACCAACUAAUCUUGUCAACGGUUGGAAUGUCUGGUAUCAAAAUGAUUUAUCCGUUAUAAAUCGUUUAUGGAAACCAGCUAAUCCAUUCCAAUCAGUCGGAGAAAUGUGGUUGGGAUUUCUACGUUAUUAUCUGUUCGAGUUCAAUCGUGAUAAAUAUGUUGUAACUAUCAGACAAAAGAAUUUGUUAAUACGAUUUGUGAAAAUGUGGAGAUCAUUAUUCGCUAUUGAAGAUCCUUUCAAUUUAAAUCAUAACCUUACUGCUGGUUUAAGUCAUUCUAUGUUUCUUUAUAUUCUUACCGUAUUCCACACGGUUCUUGUUCAUCAUACUACAUUCUUGCCCAAACAAAUGUCUAUAAAUCAAUGGUGCUACCAUUUGUUUUCGCCAGAAUACAUUGUCGUCGAUAAAAGAUUUUUAAAAAAUAAUAUACUUUGUUUUAUAUGUAAUCAAACUGGACAUGGAGCAUUUGAAUGUCCAAGAAAUAAAAAGAGAAAUAAAAGAGAUAUUUCGGACAUAGUUACAUUACAUUCACUGAUUGGUCAUUUUUUACAAAAAGCUCAAGCAUCACAAUCAAAUUCACAGGAACCAAUGGGUCAACAUUAUGAUAAUUCAAAUCAAAAUCGUCAGUUGAAUUCUACUAGUGCUGUUUGUAAAAACUUCCCUAAACCUAAUAAUACUCCAACAAACAUAUCAUCGCAUACCUAUAAGAAUCCUUUUAAACCACAAAAUAGUUACCAAGUUCGACCGAUAAGAAAUAAUUUACAACAACAACAACCUAUCACUUCCAAUUAUCGUCAUGUACAACCGCAUCAUGUAAAUAUACGUACUAAUUCUCAUUCGAUACUUCCUUCAGUACCGUACCCAACUCCUUUGCUUCCGAAUAAUACUGUUGGCUCUAUCCCUAAUUAUGCUUUCGUACUUAACAGUUUAUCAAAUAAUCUUGUGCAAUCUAAUAUCUAUGGUCGACAACAAUCCUUACCCCCGUCCUGUUAUUCAUCACCCGUUGGUUAUAUAAACAAUCAACAACAAUAUAGAAAUACUGUACAGGCGAAUCACCCAGUUAAUUACCGGCCAAAAAGUCAACAAAAUAAUAAUAAUAAUAAUACUAAUGAGCCUAAAAAAUAUAAAUCCAGUCGGGUAUCCAGUUCAAGUGUUUAUGAAGAACAGUUUUCAUCUGUUUCAUCAGACCAUUCAAUAGUUGUUACGUCUAAUAAGUCUCCGUGUGAGCCAAAAAAGUAUGACAAUAAACAGAAUGUGUCUAAUCCUCAUCAAACUAAUGAUCUAUCACGAAAAUCACAUUAUCAUAAUUCAAACUACAAUGAUCCUGGGAUCAAUAAUAAUUAUACUUCUAAAAGUACUUUGUCAUCCUCAGGGAAUCAAACAAAGAGUUGUAGUACAACACCAUAUCGACAAAAACAAUCCGAUUCUCCAUUGAAAGCGAAAUCAAAUUUUCAACAAUCCCCACAAAAGCAAAAAUACUCAAUAUCUAAUGGAUCUGUAAUAGAUUCAUAUGAAAAAAGAAUAUAUCCAGUAACAGAAUCAAAUAAAGUCAAUUCAGUGUUUAAAGGCAGUCAAAAUUGUCAACGUUUUGGCCGUGCAAAUAGAGCAAAAUUAUCAAAUAAUGAUGAUGAUAAUAAUAGUCAUUUAUUAGAUGAAAAUUUAGUUAAACGCCUUCACAAUAUGUCCACUACAUCCUCAUCUUCACAAAAUAGCAAUAAUAAAUACUGAUAUUAAUGUACUAAAUCACAACUUCAAAAUAAUCUUUAUGAUAGAUUUACUGAGACAAGAAUGUGUGUACUGGAUUUUCUUUACAUCUAAUUGGAUAUUUUAUUCAAUUAACAUGUAUUUUUUAUUUUGAUUUUAUGGAUCUUAUUUAAUUUACUGGGAGACGAGGUGUGGGAUAGGUUUUUUAGUGGCCAUAUUAUGUUUAGUAUUGUGUCGAGUAUCUUCGGGAAAAUACUACUGAUAUGGGAGCGAAAAUAGCGCGAUUAGAUCAACCCGUCGUUUAACAUAGAAUGAUAAUUCAGCUUUGACACAAACACACGCAGUCGGAGAAAAUAAGACUAGGAUUUACUAGAGAGCUCUUAUUUUACGAGGUGAAGUGAUCUAAUAGAUAGACAUACUACUACCAUGACAUUGAAAGAUCUGGAUUACAGUAGUUUGUUUAAAAAGAAUAUCAAUUACGAGUAGCUAAUUGGUAGGAAAACUCUUCUAGGGCUACUGCUGGUCACAAGCCCGGGUAAAAGGGAAGGUUGCGCAUGGCGUCACCAUCCCUAUGGAGUGUUCUCACGAUGUGAGACCAACAAAAAUGAGGAGAUACAACUUGGGGGUUCUCGGAAUCUGCGAAACCUAGACUAGACAGCUAAGAUACGGGAGAGAUACUGCAGUACUCCGGUCACGAAAAGAAAAAUGCACCACACACUUAGAGACAGAUGCUCUGACGCUGUCCAAAGAAGCAUGAAAUGCACUUAUAGAAUGGGGAUUUCAUAAAUCCAGAAUGAUCAAAGCAUCGUUCAAAACAAAUAAGGAGGGGAUUACACUGAAUACUAUCCAAUGUUAUGCACCUAGCAAUGAAGGCAAUAAAGAUCAGUUUUACGAGAGGCUGCAAUCGAUCUUGGCGAAGUGCUCAGAAAAGAACUUGACAAAUAAAUGACAUAACGAAGAAACUAGUAUUGGAAUAUAGUAGACUAGAGACCAGUCAAGGAAAAAGAAGGCAAGCCAAUUACCGAGACUCAACAAAGGAACAGAUGGGUAGAAUACUGUGAGAAACUUUUGAAUUCAAUCCACCGGACAUCGAAGCAGCACGUACAGACCUCCCGACAGAUGUCACUCCGCUAACAGUCGAAGAAAUCAAGGUGACCAUCAGACAAAGCAAGAGUAGUUAAGCAGCAGGACCUGACAAUAUACCAGCUGGAGCACUGGUCAGGCAUAGAAGUAACCGUAAUCAUGUUCCACUUUCUACUCAAGAAUAUUUUAGAGGAAGACCAAAUGCCGACUGACUGUUAAGAACACCUCGUCAAAGAAAAGAGAUCUGAGAAAAUGUGAAAACUACAGAGGCAUCACACUAAUAUCUGAACCAGGAAACGUUUACAGCAUAGUGCUGCUGAACCGAAUGAAGGAUUCGGUGGAUACCCAACUUCGAGAUCAACAGUCCGGAUUCCGUAAGAAUCUGUUGUGUAUCGACCAAGUUGCGACACUACGAAUCACCGUUGAACAACCAAUUGAAUGGAACUCGUCGCUAUAAAUCAACGUCCUUGACUAUGAAAAGGUGUUUAACAGUGUGGAACCUUAUGGGACUUCCUUCAACAUUAUGAUGUGAGUAGUUGAGAAGAUCAACAACAUACAGAAUUCAUAAGACGGACUACAUUACAAAGUCCCUUUCUCUUCCUUCUGGUAGUUGACUUGAUUAUGAAGACCUCGACAUCUGAGGGAAGCACAGGAUACAAUGGACAGCUUGGAUGCGACUAGACGAUUUGAACUUCUCAAAUGACCUGGUCCUUCUAUCCCAUACACACGAACAAAUGCAGGUCAAGACAACCAGUGUAUCAGCAGCCUCUGCAUCAGUGAGCCUCAACACAUACUAGAGAAAAGGCGAGAUCCUCGAUUACAACACGCAGAACACCAAUCAAACUUGAUGGAGAAACCUUGGAAGAAUAGUAAACUUCCUCGUGCUCAACUGUUCAGCACCAUCGGUGAACAAGGAUGACCGGAUGCAGACGUAAAGGCGAGGAUUGGAAAAACAAGUGUAGCAUUCUUUAAUUGAAGGAUGGAACUCAAAACAACUGUCAACCAAUACGAAAGUGAGAAUCUUCUGUAGGAACAUCAAGGCAGUUCUACUGUAGGAAGUUGGGACUUGGAGAACUCCAACUAUCAUCAAAAUGGUACAAGUCUUUAUAAAAACAGUUGUCUACGCAAGAUAUACAAUGUACGUUGGCAGGGUAACAUCAGCAGCAGCUUACUGUGAGAGAGAACAAAUCAACUUCCACUUAAAGAGGAAACUAGGAAAAGACGCUGGUGGUACGUGGGACAUACAUUGCGAAAAUCAUCAAACUGCAUCACAAGGCAAGUGCUGAAGGGAAUCGAAAGAGCGAAAGCCGAAGCAACACAUUGCGUCGAGAAUUGGAAGUAGACAUUAUAAGGAUGAAUGGCAACUGGAAAGAAUUGCUCAGAGUCGAGUUUUUUUUAUUGUUCAUCCAUUGAUUGGUUGAGUGUUAGCCACAUAAGUUGUUGCGUCUUGAAAAACUGAUAUUUGGUGUGACUGAUCGAAUCUACACUAUGUAGAACUUUCUGUCGUCUGGUGCACACCAAGUGUACCUCAUUGUACAAGAGGUUAAGCAUUCGCAUACAAGUCCUGGGUUCGAUUCUUAAUCGCAGGUUCGUGAAUGCGCACUUCUGAGGAGACGGCGCUUCCAAGCUUUCAAUGUUUGGUUGAUUUUGGUCGACUCAUGUUUUAACCCAACAAAUUGGUCAUUUGGGGUAGCUGGGGCUUGGAGGGAAUGUACUACUGUUGUUUGUGGUAUAGAAGUUUUAGUUAGAGUAUCGCUGCCAUUCCGUUUCCGUAACACAAAAAUAAUCGAUUUUUAUGACAUUUCACAUUGUACCUGUACUUUGCAGAAACGUGAAUCGGAGGAGUACCAUGAGAGCAGUUUGAUAAUUAUUUUUAGCCCAGGAGGAUGUAACCGAUUUAUUUCUUUAUUGGUGGAAACCAUAGAUUUGUGAUAGUUCUCUAUCAGUAAACAGACAACUGGGUGAAUGUUUCGCAUGAGAUAACAUUUUAUUUACAAAAUGUGUGUGUGAAAAAUUUAGAGAACACAAAAUAAAUCCACUUCAUACUAAAUUGUUCCUUGCUUUUGCUUCACAGCAAUUUAUCAGAGAGAUUCGUUGUAUAUGAUCAUAACACUUGAUCUCAGAUUAGUUGUUUUGCUCACUGGUAUAUAGGCUUUCCGUGAAUUGUCGUAAAUCACUGCUGAAAAGGCUAUGUUAAUGAGAUUAAUUGUCGACAAUGGCAUUUGCAGAUAGAUCGUAUGGAAAAUUUAUCAUUUUAUCAAGUAAGGAGGGAAAUCUAUUGCCUUGUUUUUGGAGAUAUUUAUGUAUUAAGUACCACCUUGAUAGAUUUGAACUGUCCGACUUCCUGCGUUACGUCGGCAAGGUUAUGACAAAGUAACUGGCUUAGAUGCACUUUAUUCCAUGUUAUAUGGUCAGAAACAUGUCACUUGUUACUGAUGAACGGGUUCCAUUUACACGGAGAACGUGAGUUCUCGCCUUACUGAUUGAUGUUAAUUAGUUCUAAACACAAAACAUUAUUUGACCUAAAGUAUAAUAACUUUGAUUUGAUGUUUCAGUGGAUAGAUUAUUAGUCACUGCUAAUUGAAAAAGAUAAAUGCACUUCUUUGGUAUCCGUUGUUUCAUCAUUAUUUGUUGUAUGGUGGGAGGGACGGUUCAUAUGCUAGGUGAAUCCAGACAUAUCAUGUGGCUGUGUGCACAAACUGAAGGCUAGAUAAGAAACAUUGAAGAUAAGUUAUUGGUUGGAACGACUUAUGAACGUUAGCAAGACCCUGACAUACAUCUGGGAUAUAUAUAGUCUUCUUACACAUGUAGCGGGUUAUGAUCCUGUAAAAAAUGCGUCUAACUUUUUGGUAGACCUCAGAGCAUAACAGCACUAGAAGCCGGUGUUAUUAGAUGGGUGUGAUACAGUGGAAAAGAUCCGUCGUCUGUAUGUAGUUUCUUCUUUAAUUUUGCAUGAACAAUCUAAGAUGUCUUGUAAAGUAACAAAAUCCACAUUGAAUGCAUACUCUUUGGAAAUUUAGCCUUCAAAACUCAUUACCGAUCUUCGCUCUUCUCUACACGAUUAUCAUUUCCUUUAUUGUGGUGUGGCAAAGCCAAACACUUGUACACUAAGAGGGAAAAUGCUUUAGAAUCAUAUAUUUCUUUUCUUAGUAGUAUCCAUAUAAAGGAUAAAUUAACGUUAGAAUAUUACUACGGUAAGAAGUUAAUUAUGAUUUUU